AUGCAGCGGAGCGCACGUCGGACAACGGUGACCGUCUGGUCGACUUGUGCGAACAGACGGGCCUCAUCAUCGCUUCCACGUUUAAGAGGAAUCAUCGACGCCAUCAGCUCACGUGACCAGGGUUCAACCCUUUUAACGCCUGAAGAGCAGCGCAAGCGGAAGAUGAGGACUCUCAAACUUCAGCUCGACUACGUUCUGAAGAGGAACAUUCCUCAGUCAGAUAUCCGAAAAUCUAGAGCUGUUUGGGACGUCGCGUUCGACUCUGACCACCGUCCAGUUCUUCUCAGUUUCAAGAUACGGUUCCACAAGAGAAACCGAGGAGUUUCUCUUCAACCGAAAAUCGACAUGGCAGGUUUGAAAGACGAUGAAUGCAGAAGAAAAUUCCGCCAACGUGUGUCUAUUCAUGUUGGAGUACGGACCAGGAAGAAGCUUAGCGAUGCGGAUUCAUUCACAAAGUGCAUCCAGGACGCUGCAAGGGAAACGCUCCCGGUUCUAUUGCCGCGGAAGAAGUUUGCCUUUGCAUCUGCGGAAACAAAAUCCACAUACAAUUCUGUAUGUGUCGCGCGCAGCGCUGGUGACUUCAACCAGGAAAAGCGUCUUAGAAGGAAGCUGCGUCGUCAACUGCAACAAGACCGCGAUAACGAGUGGACGUCAAGAGCGAUGGAGUUUGAGAAGGCGUGGGAGGACAGAAACCCGCGGAAGGCCUACGCUCUACUAAAACAAUGUAGCGGCAAAAUGAAAAGAUGUUCCCCUGUCCUCAACACUGCCAAUGGGGUAGCUGUCGGUGAAGCAACCCUUCCAAUUUGGAAGGAACACUUCAAGACUUUGCUGAACCGGCUAGCACCGUCAGCCCCUGAACUCGAACACGUUCAUAGACCGACAUACGCGGUUAACGAGGAGCCACCGACCGUGUCGGAGGUCCUAGUCUGUAUUCAAAAAAUGAAGAAUGGAAAAUCUGGCGGAGACGACGGGAUUAGCGCAGAAAUGCUAAAAUAUCUUCCUCCGUCUGGGAUUCGUGAGAUGACAAAGAUCAUCCGUUCAAUAUGGAUAGACGAAAGGAUACCUGAUUCGUGGAGACACGCUAUCAUAAUUCCCCUCCACAAGAAGUUACCCGUCACGGACCCCAGGAAUUAUCGAGGAAUCUCUUUGCUGCGUGUUAUGUACAAGGUAUUGGAACGCAUUAUCCUGGACCGACUCAUUAAACAUCGCGAAGAAACAACGCGCGACGAGCAAGCUGGCUUUCGUCCUGGCCGAUCUACUAUUGACCAGGUGCUCAUCGUCAGGAGAGUGAUCGAAAUCUGGCAGCGGUAUUCGAAGCCAAUGCAACUAGCGUUUCUGGACUUUGAAGCCGCGUUCGACUCUCCUCACCGAGGCCGUCUUCUCAACGCACUGAGCGCCGAUGGAGUACCAGAAAAGUUCGUUCGCUUGCUUGAUGACAUCAAUCAACGAACAACUGCUGCAGUUCGAACACCAGCCGGAUGUACAACACCGUUUGAAGUGGUAACUGGAGUAAGACAAGGGGCACUGGCAGGACCCUUCCUGUUCAGUUUCGCUAUCUACGACAUUAUGCGAAGAACAGUCGAUCAGUGUCAUGCCGCCAUCGUCUUAGCACCAUGA